UGACAAUUGACAAUUUUGUUAAAAGAAAUUAACCUUUAACAGAAAAUGAUUAUUUAAAGAAUUUUAUAACAAUGUUAACAAAUUUAGUAAAAUUUGUGUCUAGAACGGCACUUAUUAAAGUACCUAUUAGUAACUUUUCUAGUGCUCCUUUAAUUUUAAGUGAAGAGAGGCUGCAAAGAUUUCGUACCACCGAAACGGACUGUUCGAAUCAUACGAAUGACCAUAUCGCACAAUUUUAUAAAAUAUCUGAAGAAGAUCGAAAGAAAAUUUUUCUUCAUGGAGGGAUACCUAAAACUUUCGAUAUACAAACAAAAACAUUCAAUGAGCUUUGCCUUAUGAUACGACAACCGUCAGUUGAUGUAAUAAAUUGCCUGAAACAAAUCAAUUACUCCAAACCACCAGUUAAAUUCGUUUUAUAUGGUAGAAAAGGAAGUGGAAAAACUUUAUGUUUAGCACACAUCUUACAUUAUGCACAUAAAAAUGAAUUUCUUAUCGUUCAUAUACCAUGGCUGGGGAAUUGGAUGCGAAGAUGUAAAGAAUAUAGUAAUAGUGAAACCAAAGAAGGAUUCGUUGAUUUGAAUUUAGAUGCAGCUGCUUGGUUACUACAUUUUAAAACGCAAAAUGCCCAUAUACUGACAAAUCCAAAUGUAAAAACAACUGUCGAAUAUAUAUGGAGCAAAAGAGAAAUCACACCAAAAGGAUCAAAUCUCACAGAACUCAUUGAUCACGGGAUAAAUAGGGUUAAAUAUGCUUCAAAUACUAUUGUGGCUCUUUGUAAUGAGAUAAAAAUACUGUCCACUAAUGGAAUAUUUAAAACAUUAGUUGCAAUUGAUGGAUUUAACGCGUUUUUCUAUCCUAAUACAAGGGUUUAUACCGAAAAAAAAGAAGUUGUUCAUCCUCAUAAAAUUACAAUCACAGAGGGUUUUUUGAAUUUAACGAAAAGCGAUUGGAAAAAUGGAGCUGUGGUUGUUAUAGUUGAUGAAAUCGCCAUUGCAGAUAAAGAUCAAUUAUCCUACAUGCCAAGAUAUUUAUUGGGAAAAGAUGGUUUCGAACAUAUGGAUCCUUUUGUUCCAAUUCUAGUACCGGAUUAUUCGAAAAAAGAAUUGACGAGUUGUAUGGAUUAUUAUAGGGAAAGGAAAUGGGUGAAUGAUUAUCCUGGUUUAGAUGAAGAAGUGGAAUUUAUUAGCGGUUCAAAUCCUUAUAGACUUAUGAAAGUUUGUGCUCCUUUAUAAAUUUUUAAAUCUAAGAAAUAAAAUUUUCAUUUACACAUAA